UAUCUUAUUAUUAUACCUCCCCCUUCUCAGGCCUCUUCCCUUUUUUUCUCAGACACCUCAGUUACCAAACCUAACAAUUACAAAUCCACCAUGUCGGUACUUCCGGCAGAAACCCACGCAGAGCUCACGCAGCUUCUGCAAGCUCUCCAGUCCCCAGACAAUUCCAUACGGUCCCAGGCGGAGGGGCACCUACAAAGCAACUGGACCAAUACUCGUCCCGAGAUCCUGUUGAUGGGCCUAGCUGAGCAGAUAGCGGCUUCGAACGAAACAUCACUCCGUUCUUUUGCCGCAGUUAUAUUUCGUCGAAUAGCUUCCAAGACUCGCAAGUCCGACAAAGGUGACAGCAUCGAGAUUUUCAUAUCUUUACCUACCGACCAGGCAUCUGUUAUCCGCCACAAACUCCUUGAGGCCUUAGCCAACGAGAGAGACCGCCUGGUCAGGAAUAAAAUCAGCGAUGCCGUUGCCGAUGUCGCGAGGCAAUACUCAGAAACUAGUGAGCAAUGGCCAGAGAUCUUGGCUGUUCUCUUCAACCUCAGUAUGGCGGCAGAUGCGGGCCAGCGCGAGACGGCCUAUCGUGUUUUUGCGACAACACCGGGUAUCAUAGAGAAGCAACAUGAGAGCGCGGUAUUGGAGGCCUUCAACAGAGGCUUCAAGGACGAUUCUGUCGCCGUUCGAUUAGCUGCUAUGGAGGCCUUCGCUUCCUUCUUCCGCAGCAUCCCUAAGAAAGUCCAACCCAAAUACUUCUCCCUACUCCCCGAUGUCCUCAACAUUCUACCUCCAAUCAAAGACUCGCACGACUCUGAGGAUCUCAGCAAGGCCCUUGUUGCCCUUAUCGAGCUAGCCGAGACCUCCCCUAAGAUGUUCCGGCCCUUAUUCCAUAACCUCGUUAUGUUCAGCAUCGGUGUGAUUCAAGAUAAGGAAUUAAAUGACCUCUGUCGCCAAAACGCGCUCGAGCUGAUGGCUACUUUUGCUGACUAUGCUCCAUCCAUAUGUCGAAAGGAUCCGUCCUACACGAACGAUAUGAUCACCCAAUGUCUAAGCUUGAUGACGGAUCUCGGCGAGGACGACGAUGACGCUGCCGAAUGGUUGACCUCUGACGAUCUCGAUCAAGAGGAGAGCGACCUCAACCACGUUGCUGGAGAACAAUGUAUGGACCGGUUAGCCAACAAACUCGGUGGCGAGACUAUCCUGGCGCCCACGUUUCACUGGCUCCCGAGGAUGAUGACUUCAAUGGCAUGGAAGGAUCGUCAUGCCGCUCUUAUGGCCAUCUCUGCCAUUUCCGAAGGUUGUCGCGAUCUUAUGAUCAAGGAAUUAAGCCAAGUCCUUGAGCUAGUGGUCCCAGCAUUGAAAGACCCCCACCCGAGAGUUCGCUGGGCCGGAUGUCAAGCCCUCGGCCAAAUGAGUACUGAUUUUGCGCCAACGAUGCAAAAGGAAUAUUACGAUAUUAUUUUGACGACCAUUGUUCCUGUUCUUGACUCCCCUGAAGGCCGUGUUAAAGCUCAUGCCGCUGCCGCGCUAGUCAAUUUUUGCGAGGAGGCGGAAAAGAGUAUUCUUGAGCCCUAUCUCGAUGACUUGCUCUCUCACCUUUUCCAGCUACUCCAAAAUGAGAAGCGCUACGUUCAAGAGCAGGCUCUCUCUACAAUUGCUACGAUCGCCGACGCCGCCGAAGCCGCCUUUUCUAAGUAUUAUGAUACGCUGAUGCCUUUGCUUGUCAAUGUGCUGCAGCAAGAGACUGAGAAGGAGUACCGUCUGCUUCGCGCGAAGGCUAUGGAAUGUGCGACUUUAAUUGCAUUGGCUGUAGGCAAGGAACGUCUCGGGAGGGACGCGAUGACUUUGGUCGACCUUCUUGCCAACAUUCAAGCUAAUAUUACCGACGCCGAUGACCCUCAGUCGCAGUAUCUCAUGCACUGCUGGGGGCGUAUGUGCAGGGUCAUGGGCCCAGACUUUUUACGCUUCCUACCGAAUGUUAUGCCUCCUCUAGUUGAGUUGGCUAGCGCUAAGGCUGAUAUUCAACUGCUAGAUACGGAUGAUGAAAUCGAGCAAAUUCAGCAGGAGGAUGGAUGGGAGUUGGUGCCGCUCAAGGGUAAGAUGAUUGGAAUCAGGACUAGCACGAUGGACGACAAGCAUAUGGCAAUUGAAUUGCUGGUGGUUUAUGCUCAGACUCUAGAAGGACAUUUUGCCCCUUAUGUCGCCGAAACGAUGGAGAAGAUUGCGUUGCCUGGCCUGGCAUUCUUCUUCCACGACCCCGUUCGGUUCAUAUCGGCCAAGCUUGUACCCCAACUUCUUAGCUCGUAUAAAAAGGCCUAUGGACCCGAGUCCAAUGAACUAAGGGGCCUAUGGGCUGGCACGGUUGAAAAGCUACUAGAGGUACUGACUGCUGAACCCGCCAUUGACGCCUUGGCUGAGAUGUACCAAUGCUUUUACGAGUCGGUCGAGGUGGUUGGGAAGGACUGCCUGAGCCAACAGCAUAUGAGCAAGUUUAUCGACGGAGUCCAUUCGGCUGUGGAGGAUUACAGAGACCGCGUCAUUCGGCGCGAGGAGGAGAAAGAAGGAGCAGCAGCCGAAGACGCCGAGGACGAAGCCGAAGAGCUUAUGCUUGCCAUUGAGGAUGACCAAACAUUGUUGUCCGAUAUGAACAAGGCAUUCCACUCCAUUUUCAAGAACCAUGGCUCUGCUUUCCUCCAACCAUGGGAGCGUCUCAUGGGUACUUACCAAAGUUUUCUCACGUCGGCAGAUCCUACACAGCGCCAGUGGGGGUUGUGUAUCAUGGAUGAUGUUUUGGAAUACUGCGGUCCGGACAGCGUCCGAUAUGCGCAAGCUAUUAGCACCGCUCUUCUUGAAGGCUGCAAGGACCCUUCUGCUGCAAUCCGGCAAGCCGCGGCGUAUGGCAUCGGUGUGGCCGCUCAUCGUGGUGGGGCCCCGUGGUCUCAAUUCCUAGCCACUUCGAUACCUUACCUAUUUCAAGCCACCCAAAUACCGGAUUCUCGUGGCGAGGAAGCUGUUUAUGCCACUGAGAACGCCUGCGCAGCUAUUGCAAAGAUACUUCAUUUCAACAAACAAAGCCUACAAGAUGAACAGGCCAUUGCAACCCAAUGGGUUAACACUCUACCCGUUACCAAUGACGAGGAAGCAGCCCCAUAUGCCUAUGGCUAUCUGGUGGAGUUGAUUGAGCAGCAAAAUCCAGCAGUACUUAGCCAAGUGGACAAGGUGUUUGUGUACGUGGGCCAGGCUCUCGAAGCUGAGAUGCUCCAUGGGCAGCUUAGUGCACGUGUUGCCAGAGCUGUCCGAAUACUUCUACAGUCAGCAGGUGUAGAUCCCACGCCACUGUUGCAACAACAUUUCACGCCGGAAGGGCAGCAGGCUAUCACGCGUCACUUUGCAUAGACGGAGUGUGAUGAUGCGCAUGAGCCGCCGUGACCUGGCU